CCAAGCCCCACGGAUGCUCGACGCAUAAAAAGCUCCAACACUUGGAGACUCGCGAACGAUAAACAGUUAUAACAUCCAGCCAACUCGCGAUUUCACAGUGUUUUUCUCGUUAAUUUGCGUAGUCGCCAACCGUUUUGUUUCAAUUUUUUUGUGAGUGCUUUGAAGUGCCGUUGAGAUAAGCCCUGGGAAAUUCAGUCAAGUUCAAUUUCGUGCCAAAGGACCUUAUUUCAGCCAUGGCCCAAACAGGGGCCAAAACCACGUGCACGCGGCGCCGCCGCCAGUUUUUAUUGUCUGACGGUCAACAUCGGCAGCAUCAACUACAAUAUUAACGGAUUCCCCAAAUAGAGUGCUUAAUAUUACCGUUAGUUGUUAUAAUCGGCUUGGAUCGCGUUCCGUUAAUCGUGUAAAUAAACUGAUUAAGCGAUAGUGACUUUCUAGCGGCGGUAUCCUGUAUAUUUUCGUAAAUGGGGCGGCUGAACAUUAUCAACAGUUGGAAGAUCUUAUAAACUUUAAAGUCGGUCAUCAGGUCGAAUUGCCACAGCUUAUUGGAACUCAUCAAAGCUAGCUAAAGCAUCCGGCGUGACAGGCUGUCUCACUUCCACUUCCACUUCCACCUUCACCCAACUGCUGAGAACUGAGAACGAAGAACCGCUGAGAAAGACCGAAAAAAAAAAACGCAGGAUCGUAAAAGGGCGCGCUACAACAAUAACAACAUUUUAUGACGGUCACAUAAUAACAUCGACAAACACCCGCCCGCCCCCGCUCCCGGCCACGCCCACCCACAAGCGAAGGCGAAAAAGGGGAUGCAAAUUACGUGGCACAUGAAGCGUUUGCGUCAAAGCGUUUGAUUUGGUUGUCAAGGGCAGAAGAGAAGCGCGUUUAGCCGAAACUUUACACCUUCGCUCUCUCGAUUCGAUCAGGUUGAUUGAUUGACUGGCAGAUUGGCCAGGGGUCGGAGGUCGGAGGUCACGGCAAUCCGACAGGCAGCAGCAGCAAAAGCACCCCCAGCAGCACCAGCAGCAACCGAAGAAGAACAAUGAACAAAAAGUCGCCUCUGCCGCUGGCGGCAUUCCUUGGCGGCGACGGCAGCGGCGGUGGCGGAACCUGUACCGCCAGCGGCAGCAGCAACGUGGUGGCAACGGCGGCGGCGGCAGCGGCAGCGGCAGCAGCGAACGGCUCCAGCGGACGCGGCGGCGGACGACAGACGUCGGCGGGCGGACAGUCGGGCGGCGGCUCCAAGGCGGAUAAGCAGGCGGGACGGGAGGGCGGCGGCGGCGGUGGCGGCGGGAGUCUGUGCGGAUGCCAAAGGGCGCCCAAGUCGCACUGCAUUUCGGCCACAGGCGUGCUUCUGUUGGUUUUGCUCUAUACCGCCAUGGGCUCCAUUGUGUUCGUGACCCUCGAGGGCGAAUUGGAGGACGGCGGCACCCUGGAAACUGCGGUGGCUGCCUCCAAACCGUUUCCCCGCACUGAACUGGCCAACGCGGACAUAAGAUCCAGGACCGUUGAUCGCUUGUGGUCGAUAACGGAGGACCUGAACAUACUGUACAAGGAGAACUGGACCCGCCUCGCCGCGCAGGAGGUGCAGCUUUUUCAGGACUCCUUGCUGCUGGCGGUGCGCCAGUCGAAGGUGUAUCCCCGCGGCAUCCAGCUGAAUGCACCCACCCACAAAUGGACCUACGCCUCGGCCUUCCUCUACUCCCUGACAUUAAUUACGACGAUAGGCUACGGAGGCGUCUCCCCCCGGACGCAGUGGGGUCGAGUGGCGGCCCUCGUGUACGCCCUCUUCGGGAUCCCCAUCGUGCUGCUCUACCUGUCCGCCAUGGGCGAGGCCCUCUCGGCGGGCAUGCGCUGCCUGUUCCGCCGCCAGCGGAUCAAGGGCGGUCCGGGCGGGACCGCGGGCGGCGGCGGCUCCUCCGGCAGCGGCGGCCCGAGCUCCAGCGGCACCGGCGGCGGCGGCGGCGGCCGGAAGACGGACAAGAGCAAGGGCCCGGGGCAUUAUGGCCACCAGAAGCUGCACCAGUACGCUCCCCCGUCGGUCUACCAGCAGCAGCAGCAGCAGGCGGCGCAGCAGCAGCAGUCGCAACAGCAGCAGCAGUCGCAGCAGCAGCAGGCGCAGCAGCAGCAGCAGGGCAAGAAGGCCGCCGGCAAGCGGCGCGGCUCCCCCAGCGUCCCCAUCUCCAUCUGCGUGUGCGUGCUGCUCUGCUACGUGAGCAGCGGGGCCAUCCUCUUCCACAAGCUGCAGAACUGGAGCGUACUGGAGUCGCUCUACUUCUGCUUCACCUCGCUGGGCACCAUCGGCUUUGGCGAGAUGGCGCCCAACGGGGCCGUCGCCCUCUACUCGGCCUCCGCUUACAUCCUGGUGGGCAUGGCCGUGGUGGCCAUGUGCUUCAGCCUCAUCCAGACGGAGAUCGUGCUCUGGCUGCGCCGCUUCAGCGUGCAGGACCACGUGAUGCCCAAGGCCGAGGAGCUGGCCCUCGUCACCGUGGCGGUCACGCCCAAGCCCUCCUGACAACGACCCAGCGCUGAUCCCUCAAUGGGAGUGGGCGGAAUGGGAGUCGGAAUGGGAGUGGGAGUGGGAGUGGGCCUGCCGCAGAACAACCUCGGCCAGCACCAGACCAUGUUCUUCGGACCCGCCCACACGCUCACGCAGUACAGCUCGCUGCCGCGGAGGAGCCACCUGCAGGCGGGCGGCGGCGGCGGCGGCGGCUCCUCCGCCUUCCAGCGGAACACGCCAAUCCGGCGCUCGACGGGCAUACCGGAGCACCACCUGGAGUACUUUGUGCCGCGCAGCAUCAGUGAGUUCAACCUGUCGGGCGUUGGGGAUCUGGCCUUGCCCCCGCCCCGUCGCUACUCCCCCAGCAUGCUGGGCGGUGGUGGUGGCAUGAACAUGAGUGGCGGUGGCAUGGGUAUGGGCAUGAGCGGCAUGGGUGGCAUGGGCGGCAUGGGGAUGGGCCUGCCGCACGGCCUCCAGCUUGGUCCGCCCCAAACGCUCCUCUGCUCGGCCACGCCCACCGUACAGCAGCAGCAGCAGCCGCCGCCGCCCCCCGCCCAACUGCAGAUCGUGACUUUGAAGCCGCGCAGCGAGAAGAUGGUGACCUUCGAGGACGAAUCGAAGCAGGCGGUGGGCGUGGCAGGGGCAGGAGUAGGAGCAGGUGGCUCCGGGUCGGGAACCCCGCCGCACUGUCCGCACGGAGUGCCCACCACACCGCGCAAGUCGCCGGCGGUGGGCGACAUCUUCAUGUGACCAGGAGCCCAGGACGAGGCCGCCCAGCUGGACGCCGCGAUGCGGCUGCGCGACAGCAUCGAUGAUGCACUGUGUCCGAAGGCGGGACCCGCGCCAGGUGAAGUGAUACGUGUCUAGGCAGGAGGAGCCCAUUGCAAGUCCCCACAAGCAAACCAAACACACUGUAAGUAAAUGCACACACACAUACACACUAACACACUCCGUACACACACACAAUCGCAAAAGGAACAUCGCAAUCGCGUAACACUUCCCAAAAAAGAAAAGAAAAGGAGAACGAAAAAAAGCAUAGCCUACUUUCGAGGGCCACCGAGCUCAACUUGAAGUUCAUCGUGUUUUUCUGCAUAUAAACUAUAAAUAAAACAUUGGGCAAAUAUUUAUUAAUAUGUGUGUAAAUAUAGCAAACAAAAGCAAAAGCAAAAGCAAAAACAAAAACCACAAAGGAAGCAAACAACUGAAGUUGAGUCGCACUUCGUGACGGAAUGAGCGAGUGAAUUAAAAUUAAAAUUCUAAAUGAUAAAUGCAUAAAUAAUUGAAUGCUGCAUGAGGGCGUUUUUAAAGUUAAUGCCGCAGCACACAAACCCAGAAAUUAAUAAAUACACACCCACACACACACACACACACACACACAACUAUGAAUAAUAAAUAGUGCGUGGGCGUGGCACUUUGGGGGGCGGAGCAGGGCAGGCAGAGCAAACAGAAUGCAAAUGAAAAUGACAAAUUGUAUAAAUACCAGAGGACAAAGUUUAUUUAAGCGAUUUGUUAGUUAGUCGCUCCUGCUCCCUCACGCUCACUCAAAUGUAUUUUGCUCAGCAUUUUUUUUUGUUUUUGUCGUUUCUAUGGCAAAAUUUCAAUUAGUUUUGUUUGUUGUUUCGCAGGGGAUAUGUAAAUUCCUGGAAGGAAGUUUUUUUUUUCUGUAUCACACAAAUGCUGAUGUAAUUAUUUUCUUCUUCCAGUUGUUAUGCAUACUGUUUUCUAUUUUUUUUUAAGUUGUGAAAAGUAUAACGAGAGAAGUACCCAUAAACUUUUUAGAGCAGUAUUGUUUAGUGCUUCGCAAGGACAAUAUGAAUUCCUGGAAUUCAGAUUUAUUGCAUUGAAAAAAUAAUAGUUAGGUGCCAAAGUUACGUUUUGCAAAUGUGUCUCCAAAUACAGCCAACCGAAGUAAAUGUUGUUUAAGCCAGCCUCUAAAUGUAUUUAACAAUCGAACUGUUGUUCUUACGCUCAAAGUGUUAUGUGUGUUUAUGAGUGUAACUUGUAUGUAUGUAUGUAUGUGUCAAAGGAAACCGAACGGUAUUGUUAAUGUUGUGCCAAGCUUUUCAUUCUCCGAUUACUCAUUCAACUGACUCCAACCGCUGGAUGCCACGUAGCAGCGAUCAACGAAUUGCCAACGAUUAUCAAAAACUUCGGUGGCACUUUGCUUGAGUGUUCCGCUCUUUUUAGCCCAACGUCCAACGUCCAAUUUCCAUCAUUUUCGAACCCGCCCACUGGCAAUUAGGUUUAAACACUUUUUAAAUGCAUUUUGAUUGUAGGUAAUUGAGCGCGUGAAUGGCCAUUUGUUGUUUGUUUCUGUUUCUGUUUCUGUUUCUGUUGGUUUUGGCCUUGUUUUCCGCUUUUUCCGCUUUUCCCGUGACAGGGCAUCCAAUUGGAGGGCUGUCAAGCGAGCGGAGCAGCGUUUCGUUUCAUUUCAAAUGAAUUCAAUUUGAGCGACCACCGCCCCCACCAAGUGGGCGUGGCCGGCGCUUGCAUUUGUUAAUUUUUGCCAUAUUCAAUUUGUGGCAUUCAAUUAAAAUAGUGAAAUUAAACCAGAUAGGAUAGUCAUUACUCGUAACACACAAAGCAUACAACUAAAACAAAAAACAAAAGAAAAAAAAACAGAAAACAGAAAAAAAAAAAUUGAAAAACAAAAAGCGAAAAUAUUUGAAGAGACAAGUGAAUAAAAAGUGCAGAACAGGAUGUCCCUAAAUUUAUGGGCUCUGUCCGCGCAGAAACUAAUUGCGAAGCUCCAACUUGUGUCAUAGAAUAAGCCAAUUCAGAUAUAUGUCUAUGUAGUUAAUAGCUAAUAACUAACUAACUAACAACCAGCAGUACGGUUAAACAAAAAGCGAUAAAAACAAAUAUUGAAAAUAAGCCAAUGUAAUUAAAUUAAGUCCACUUCAACACGCAUACAACGACACGCACAGACACACAGACACACGGACAGACGGACACACAACCACAGACAAAUGAAUACCAUCAAGUAAACAUGGAGAAACUAAAUGUAACGAUAACGAUAACGAUAAUUUUUUUUUUGUCAAAUUCCUAGCACGGUAAGUUGAACUUUUAGGCUAACCGCAUAGGCUGAUUGCGAGUGGCAGUUAAGGAUAAAUUACUCUAAUUCAUAUGUACUCCUAGUCCACUAGAUACAUAUACAUAUGCAUAUACAUAUAUAUAUGUAGCCGUACACAAAACGAAACUAAUCUAGCAUUGAGAAAGGCAAAUAACAAGUAAGAAAUACCGCAGUUCGCAUCAUAUAUAUGUAUACAAACAUCUCUCUCUCUUAUAUAUAUAUAUAUAUAUACAACCCAACCAAAAGAAAAGAGAAGAAUAAAUACAUCAUGAACAAUUUAGUCAAAAAUCAA